ACAGUCAGCAGCAAAUCCACUUCAUUUAAACAGCAUCGGUGUUCAGCCUCCGACACCACCGCAGCCAGCUCAUCGCUACACUGCCUUUCAAUAGAGCUCACCUCCACACCGUGACGAUGAUGGUGCGGGGACCGCUGAAGAUAAUCCUCCAAAGUACACUAUUAGCCAAUAUUGCAGUUGUAAAUGGCUUUCGACCGCCCGAUAUACCCUAUUCCAAAGAACUAGAAACACAACUGAGAACCGAGCUGUUUCGUAACUACAGCGUACUACAGCGUCCCGAGGAGAAAGUGAUGAUCAAUGUAUCCCUCAGUAUACUCACAAUCAACGACAUGAGUAUCAAAGACCAAACCCUGUCGAUGACCGGUUAUCUUUCACUUAAAUGGAAGGACGAGCGCCUUGCAUGGGAUGAGUUGUCAGAUUACGACCCUAUCAAUUUCUUGUUCAGCACAGAGACAUACGUCUGGCGCCCUUCGCUACUUAUUGACAACGCGGUGCAUGGAAUAUCCAUUAUUAGUGACGUUCACACCCCUAUGAGGAUACGGAACAUUGGUGCCAUUCAUUGGUCACCUGCCGACAUCUACACUGUAUCAUGUGAGUCAGACAUUAUGUACUAUCCUCUCGACAUCCAGACUUGCAGUGUGUCUCUCACGUCUUGGGCAUACACCAGCAAUGAAAUCGACCUCGUCUUUGAUACUGAACCUGUUGAUCUUGAUACAUACACAGCAAAUGGGGAAUGGGAGUUGAUAGCUACGUCUGGUAGCUCAUCUGGAAGUCGUUCAAAAGGUGACAAUAGUUUUUCUAACGUCAAAUUUUCCAUCAAACUGAGGCGCCGACCACUGUUUCAUGUAUUAAACACACUAUUUCCGGUAGCCCUGAUGGCGGUGCUUAGCGCCAUGGUUUUCAAACUACCUGUAGAAUCCGGAGAGAAGAUUGGGUUUGCGUUGACCGUCCUGCUGGCGUAUGCAGUGUAUCUGACCUUGAUUUCGGACAACAUCCCUAGCACUUCAGUCUCCGUUUGCUUUUUGUCUAUCUAUCUAAGCCUUAUCCUCACGUACGGUACUCUGUCUGUCCUGUGUACCAUAAUGGUGAUCAACGUCCAUUCACGGCCGGACGAGGAGUACAUUCCAAACUGGUUAAGGCGUGUCACCAUAUCCGUCUUCAUGCCAAUGGGUUUCUGGAAAGGAAGCUGUAGUCCUAGUGGGUGCUGUAAAAAGAAGGUGGAACCCAAACAAACGAAGACUAUCAACGUUGUGUCUGUCUCCAAGAUCAAGGUGGACGUCAAUGAAAAGUCCAUGUCUGUUGUUGAGGAUUACGAUUCGGCCUCAUUGGAAAGCAACGAUCAUCAACUGUCCUGGCAGAUAGUUUCCCAGGUCCUGGACGCUAUGUUCUUCAAUGUGUUUAUGUGGGUCAUUGUCCUCACCUCCAUCGUCUUCUUUGGCAUUCUAUCGAACGAGUUCGCCAAUAUCUAGUGGAGCAGCCGAGGAGUACUACCCCAAUCUCUGCGUUUCGUCUCAGAUAACGUUAUAAUGCUGAUACUGCAUGUGCUGAUAUAUGCAUUUUUUGCG